CUGAUGUGAUGUGUGCUCCUUAAAUGUGCCCCCCGGAAACAUGAACGAUUAAUUCAUCAGUGGUUCUCAUGAGCUCUGAAAACAAAUGCUAAAUCAAGUAUUUCAGCAAAUUGAAGACCAGAAGCAUUUUCCUUCCCUGCACAGCAUGAGUACACACUCAUGAAUAUCGCUGUAAAUCUCUGACCGGGCAGAAAUGGAUUCACUGAACUUUGAGUCAGAGAUGGAGGCGGAUGGGCAGGGCAGUUAUUCUCUGUUCCCAGCGCUGGACAGCAUGAGCAGCCUGACUGGAGCCGCUGAGAGUCUUGACUCUGAAACCCCCAGUGAGGUUGCAGACAAACCGAACCUCACAUGGCUUGAUGCUGCUCAGAUUGUUCUGGAAGAGGCUGGGCGGCCCAUGCACAUCAAGGAGAUCAAGCAGCGGAUCAUUGAUCGUGGACUGGUGCAGUCAAAUGCAAAGUCGAGCCUCGAGGCGGUCAUGUAUCGAGAGACACAGAAAGGGAGCAGACGCUUCAAGAGGAUUGAGAGCAGAAAUGGAGUUUUUGCCCUGUUGACUGAUGAAGAGAGACAGCAUGCAUUGCAGGCAUUUUCUGCUCAGUCAACCUUCUCAAGUUCAGGAUCUGGCUCGUCUCUGGGGCAUCUGCCUUCCCCCACAAGCCAUAGUGAGUCCAGGCCGAAGGUCAGGAAAGGUCCCCGCAAGAACCAGAAUGAGAAGUACCGUCUGAAGUACAUCCGUCUGCGCAAGGCUGCCCGUGCCAUGAUAUUUGAAAACGCAGCGCUAUAUGAUGAGAUUGCACACCUGGAAGAGAAGUUUGUCCGGGCAAAAGAAGAAAGGAGAUUCCUGCUGAAGUCUCUGUUGCAAUAUCAGUCUCUGGCUGAAGGAGAGGCCGUCCCGACUCCUAGCUGCAGCACACACACGCCCGUCACUUUGAGCUCCAGCACACCAGGUGGCGUUGCUCUACCUGGCAGCCACAGCCAGACCGCUGGACUCUCAGCAUCUGAAGACAGCCUUUUGAAGAAACCCAAAAAAGAACGAAAAGAGAGAGGAAGAGAGAACGGCAGGGAAGAACUCAUGAAGAAGAUUUGUAAGAAGAGGAAGGUAGCAGAGGGAGGAGUGCGCAAGCUCGUGCAGCCCAUCUCGCUGGACUCUUCCGGGAGGCCGCUCUUUCCCAUCGUGCUCGGUGGACUGACCGUUUACAGCCUAGGAGAGAUCAUCACAGACAGGGCUCUGUUUCAUGACGACACUGCUAUCUAUCCUGUGGGGUUCUGCAGCACCAGAGUUUUCGCCAGCAUGAAGAAUCCUGAUCAGAAGUGUCUCUACACCUGCCAAAUCAAAGAUGGUGGCCAAGGACCACAGUUUGAGAUCGCACCGGAGGAUGACCCACAGAAUGCGAUAGUGGCCACAUCUGCCCUCGCCUGUCAUGCAAACCUGCUCAAAGCCAUUGCUGCCCGCAGUGUCAAACCCUUGAUCAACAUUGUCCCGUCUGGAGCAGACUUUUUUGGUUUCUCUCACCCCACCAUUCAGAACCUGAUCCAGAGCUGUCCUGGUGCUCGCAAGUGCAGCAAUUAUCAGUGGAUUCGUUUUGAGGUAUGUCGGCCCGGUGAUGGACAGGUGGCACAUGGCCUUUCAGAAGAUGAUGCAUCCGUGAACUUUGAGUCAUUUCAGCGAGUGCAAAGCUGUGAGGAGAGCCUGACCAAUCAGAACCUUACGGCAGAACACAGCAGCACAGUGCGACCCCUACAGCCUAACAUCUCAUCUCAUCUUCUGAGCUCGGCAGCGCUGCAGACCACUGUGACGUCUCUCUCCAACACUUGAGCUUAUUCAAACACCUGAGGUUCGGUUUCAAAUUGAUGAUAACUUCAUAUCCAGAUGGGUCCUGUUUACUGAAGUACUAAAUUAUGGAUACGCCUUUCAUAUUAUUCGUCAUGUGGCACUCAAAUCUGCAUUAUGAAAAAAUAAUGAUGGAUGCAUCUCUGCAUGUCACAGUAUUCAGUUACUGUUUCAGACUAUUUUUUACAUGAUAAAAAAAGUCCUUGUCAUGUCUGUUGUUAUUAUUUGCACUCUUAAUGCGUGUUACGGAAGUGUGACGAUCAUAGUCUUUACUGUGAAAUAUUUAAGAUAAAACAGAUUAAAUCAAACCUUAAAGACUGUUCACACCAAGAAUAACUAUAACAUAUAUUAGCGUCAACACCAAAGCAUGAUAUCAUUCUGGUUAUUAUAAACGUGCAGUUUUGUUGUCUGCUGCUUUAAGUGCUUGAGCUGGAUGGAUUCUGAUUGGCUGUCAAAGUUUUUAUCGUUCAACUUUUGGAAAAAAUACUUUGAAAGUGAUUCCAACGAUACCGGUCCUCUGUGCAAUUAUCAUUAGUUAUGAUGAUUUUUAAGACUAUAUCUUUGUUACAGUUAUCAUCCACGGUGUGAACAUGCCUUUAUAGUUUAAAAUAUCAACUUGUUUUUCCAGUUUUGUAGAGCUCAACAGCUCCUUUAGAAACCACACAACACAAUAAGCAAAACCCUUCAGGCUUUCAUCUUUCAUUAUGUGCGUCAUUCCAUGUGUUUUGAUGAGAAGACUACCUUGAUAACGGUUCUCUGCUUUUCCAUAAAGAAAUCUUUGGACAUUAUACCCAUUAUGUCAUUAUGUGGUAAAUAUGAGACUUCAGAACAUUUUAAACUAUUGAAGUUUCAUGCCCUGACAGACAUGUGGUUGGUUAUCUUGUGGGAAUGUGAGGGGAACUGUGAUGUUAAAGCCUUUGGAGGUUGAAAUACCUCAGACAACCACCAAAUGUCACUGUAGAUCUGUGAAAUACAGAUGCCUCACUGACCGUAACUACAGCUGCACGCUUUUAGCUAUUGCAUUUUUAAAGUCAUUUUUGCUUAGUAUGGUUGAAUUGGAUCAUUGAAGAUCAGCAGGAAAGACAUUGGUUAAUAAAGUGAGAUUAAAUACAUAAA